AUGAAGCUUCUCGACCAUGGAGGACCUGAGUUGGAUGUAACUACAAAUACCAGAGAUAUACUUCUUAGCCCUGGUUCAGAACAAGAAGAGACCGUUGAACGGGAUGCAGAAGUUAUGCUCCCACCUGAAAGACGCAGUCUUCGGGCGUAUGUAUCAAUUCUCUAUUCUGACCCUCGUAUGAAGGUGUAUUUACAAGGUCGGAAAGUACAAACCAAAAGACUACUUGCAACGCUACAUAGUGCUCGAAAAUACAAUUUUGCUAGUAAAACUUUUCGUACCAGAGCUGAAGCAGAUUUAGCAAAAGCUAAAAAUGAUGUGAGAAUAGCUGAGCUUCGUGCUUCGGUGUAUAUUGAAGCUCUAAUUUCCUUUGGGUGCUGA